AUGAAAAUUUUUUUAGUUCUAAUAUUUUUUCUUUUUUUUAAGAAAUAUUACUUUUUGAAUAUUUUGAGCAGAAAGUAUUAUUAUUUCAUUAAUAAAAAUAGUAAUUUUAAGAAAAGAAAAAAGUAUAUAUACAAAAAAUUAAAAUGUAAAUUAGAAGGUAUAGAAUAUAAAGUUAAAAAUUUAGAUGCUUCUGUCAAUUUUUACAAAAAUGUUUUAAAUUUUUGUAUUUCCGAGAAAGGGGAGAAAUUCGUUAAAAUGAUAUUAGCUCAUGAUCAGGCCUACAUAAAAUUAAUUCAAAAUGAGGGAGAUAUGAAUAUUGGAGAACAUUCUUUUCUUGGUUUAGGACUACAAUUAAAAGAAUUUGAUAUAAAUAAAACAAAAUUAUACAACGGGAAUAUUGAGGAAGAAAUAGAAAAAAGGCCAGUAACACCUUGUAUUUUACCUGAUGAAGAUGCUCAAAUUAGGAAAUUUUGGAAUAACUGCUUCAUAACAGAUCCAGAUGGUUAUGGUAUAGAAAUAGUUUUAGAAAAUGAAGAAAAGAAGCUUGAUAGGAUCAGAUUUUUUACUACAUCAACAAAAGAUUCUCAAAAGUUUUAUGCUGAUAUUUUAGGAAUGGAUUUAAUAAAAAUACAAAGCCACCUAGAAGAAAUAUCUUAUCCUUGGAAUAUAUACGGUGGUAUGAGUUAUUUUUUUUCAUCUAAAAAAAAUUCAACUGUUUUACAGUUCGCUUAUGCUUAUGAUGAAGAUAAACUGCACAUGGGAAACUCUUUAGGAAAUAUAAUUUUGAGUUUUAAAAACUUAAAUGAAAUUGAAAAAAAGUUAAAUAAAAAUAAUGUAGAAAUAUUAAAAAAGGAUGAUGAUAUAUUAGUAAAAGAUUUAAAUGGAUAUAGUUUACGUUUAAGAAAGAGUAAAUAA